GUGGUAAUAAACGGAAAGAAUAAAAUCAACAAUAAUUAAACGAUAAAGUAACAAUAAUUUCGGUGCUUUCCGGUGAAUAUUACAACAGAAACCUUGCACCUAAAAAGACAAAUUUCGUGAAUCAUUUUUUUUAGUUUUACCGAAAUGUAUUUAUCCUGGUUUAUCGUAAUAAUGUUUCUGAAAGGGGCAACAAUGACCCUAACAACACGACGGGUUGUUGAGAGUGUGGAACUGGGGGAAGGCCCGCAUUGGGACCCUGAAACCCAAAGUUUGUACUUUGUGGACAUUUAUGGCAAAGCUAUUCACAAAUACGUCCCCGCUACCAAAAAACACACAAAAGCUGUGAUCGGAAUUAAUCACGUCUCGUUGAUUGUUCCGGUGCAAGGCCAAAAAAACAAAUUUCUUAUUAGCAUUGGCCGUGAUUUAAACAUCGUGACGUGGGACGGGGAAAGUGAAACGGUCUCGGGCAUGGAAAAAAUUUACGAAAUUGAUAACACACCCGACACGCUUCAAAACAGAUUUAAUGACGGGAAAUGUGACGCUUUGGGGCGUCUAUGGGCCGGGUCAAUGGGGGCACAACCAGUCCCGGGACACGUGGAGCUAAACAAGGGCUCAUUUAUCAGUUUAGAGUCAGGACGCAAAGCCAAAACACACCUCACUAAAGUUGGGAUUUCGAAUGGUUUGGCUUGGAGUUUGGACAACAAGUACUUGUAUUACAUCGACUCACAAAAAAACACACUUGAUCGAUACGAUUUUAAUCUCGAGAAGGGGACAAUUUCCAAUGGCGAGAGCAUUUUUUCGUUAAAAAAAGCCAACCUGAGUGGGAUAUUAGACGGAAUGACCAUUGAUACUGACGGCAAUUUGUGGAUUGCUAAUUUUGGAGGUGGGCGCGUACUCAAAGUGGACCCCAGAAAGCCCCAAACCUUACUGCAGAUAAUUCAAAUGCCAGCGCACCAAGUUACUUCUGUUGCCUUCGGGGGGCCUAAUCUAGACGAACUUUACGUCACCACAGCCCGACUUACGACAGAUGGAGUGGCGUAUCCGCCCCCCGAUAAUGGGGCCACGUAUGUCAUUACAGGGACAGAGGCCAAAGGACUCCCAGGGAUCGGAUUUAAAUUGUGAAAAACAAUGAAUUAACAAGCAAUUAAAUAAUUAAAGAAAC